AUGAUGGGCUCUGCAGACUCUGCGGAGAGAUCGUCGAAGCGUGUGAAGAUGGACCGUGGGCCACGACCGGACAUGGUAAACGGCACCAGACCAAAAACUACGAACAAGGGUAAAUAUUUGACGCGGCAAGCUCAAGGUUCAAGCCACGAUGAUGGCAAGUACAUGAGCAGACGGGCAAAGACAAUCAGUGCAUCUGGCAUUCACAGCGGAGACGUGGGCAUUUUCGUAACCUGCGACAAAGGUCAAGAGAAGAGAUGUUUGCAGGAAAUCUCGGAUAUUCUAGGCGAGUAUAUCGGCCAAGAUAUUCAAUCUUCUGAUGAAGCUGCCCAGCAAGAUCAAGGUGAAGCUACGGGUGGUGACAUCGACAUCGAAGCCGACAUUCUUGCUGAGCUGGACUCACUACGUCCUAGCCCGUCAUCCUCGAAUGUGCCGGCUCAGAAAAUAUCUUUGGUCACCCUCGACAUCCCAUGCGUAUCAUUCAUUAGGUUUCCUUCCAGCUCAGAGACGACAACAACUCCAGAUCCUGUUGAUCUCGUACGCAAAAUCUGCGAUUCGGCCUCUCAAAGAAAUUACACAGGCCCUCGAAGUCGCUAUGUCAAGAGACUCACGCCGGUAAGCCUCGUGCGAAAAGUUUUGCCCAGCGGUCUUGAAAGUCUCUGCGACGAGGUCCUGCCAGCUCAUUUCAAGGUCCAGUCGGACGAUCCCAAUGCUGCUAUCGAUCAACCUGGUGUCCAAGUCUACAAAUUUGCGAUCCGGCCAACGAUACGUAACAAUGACAAAUUGGACCGAGACCAGGUUAUCAAAGUAGUAGCUGAAAAGGUUGCUGCACUUGGGAACGGGAAGCAUAGCGUUGACCUCAAGGGCUAUGACAAACUCAUCCUUGUCGAUGUGUACAGGAAUAUCGUUGGUAUGAGCGUAGUUGGAAACGAGUUCGAAAGCCUCAGGAGGUUCAACCUCGCGGAAAUCCACGCUUUACAUUUGGAUGAGGACAAGAAGCCAGGAGACGAAGAUGUGGAGAGCAGUCUAGGAGCCAGAUGA